AUGCCUGCUUCACCAACGGCGUUUGGAAACUUCUUCUUGGAUAGAAACAUCAACAUGCCUGCUGGAUAUCAAUUAUUGGGUUGCCCACCAGGAAUGCAACAGGCAUCACCACAUAUGGUUGGCAUGGCUGGGAUGCCCUUGCCUUUCUCAGGAAUACCGGGAUACAGUUUCAUCCCAUAUCCUCAUCCGGGACACAUGGCACACAUUAGCAAUGCUUACGACAUGAAGGCUGCAUCAUCUUAUCACCAAGCUCUUCUCAGUCGAGGUGGACCCUAUUACGCCCCAUUUCGCCCCAUGCCAGCCGAUGACCCCAGCCGAGUCACCAAAGUGGCCACCCGGGAGAGCACGAGCGCAUUGAAGGCCUGGCUCAGCGAGCACCUGAAAAACCCAUAUCCCACCAAAGGCGAGAAGAUCAUGCUUGCCAUCGUCACGAAAAUGAGCCUCACACAAGUUUCUACGUGGUUCGCUAAUGCCCGUCGCCGCCUUAAGAAAGAGAACCGGGUCAGUUGGGCAUCCAAAGGAAAGUCCGACGAGGAGGACGAGGAAGAUGACGGUGAGAGCGAAGAGGAGGGCUCUUUGAAGAAGUGCACGGAGGAUGAAGAUGAGAUCGAUCCUCAAACAGUCGAUGAGGAGGAUGUUGAAGUGUCAACGUCGGCAGAGGACCGUUUAACAGAGGGACUAGACCAGCAUCAGGAAAGUGUGAAGUCCGAAAGUCCGUGUGAAACCAAAAGCGAGGCGUGUAAGCAAGAUGCUGAUGUCCAAAAACCCAAAAUCUGGUCUCUUGCUGAGACGGCGACGUCAGACAUUAAGAAACCAAACGACAUGAAACAUCUCCAGAGCCAAAGUCCUGAUUUUGGGAAAUGGUGGGCAGGAUGGCCUUCAAGGGAAACUUACUCCCCUGUAAACCUCUCCACACACGGUCUUCUCAAGCAGAAAUAA